AGAAAGGGAGUCAGCUGUAGGGACAUAUCAGGGGGAAAAAGUACAGUAUGUGGUAAUUAACAAUGGAAUAUAUGUGGGGUACAAGAGUAUUGUGUUUUUCUUAUUUUCAGAGACUUAUAUAAGAUUUGGUUUUGUGGUAAGUUGAAACUUUAAAUAAUUUAAGAUAUAGUUGAUAAACUCUGGAGCAGUUAGAUGGGAACAACUGACAAUCAAAAAUUGAUGGUGCAGGAGAAUGUGAGUUCUUUGUAGCAUUAAAAGUCUAUGAAUAAUAAAAUCCAUAUCCACGCGACCAUGAAGGAGUUCUUGAUGCAAGAGGAACAAACAGAAAUCAGUAAACUGCAGCAAAGAAAAAGUGAUAAAUGAGUGGAUACAACUGCAGACAUGUUUCACACAAAGUGCAUCAUGUUUGAUGUUUACUGUCAUCAUGUUUUACAAGUGAUAAUGCAUGAAGAUUCCAAUCAAGCUAAUGAAACCAUGUGGGAUUAAAGAGUCCCAAUAAAACUGAUCAGGUGUCCGAGCAUGUAAACUUUAAUGUAUUGACGAGGGUCUGGCAUGAUAGGCAGUGUCACAAAAAAACAGCCUGAGUCAUUGCUUUCUGUAGUAAAUUGGUUAGACAAAAUUUACUUCCAGUCAGACAAUCUGCUUCCUCAAGCAACUGAAGACCAUCUCAGUGAUUGCUUGCUCAGUGAUACAUGCUGCCAAAGACUUUUAAUGCUCAGACAGACAAUUACAUUAACUUUUUCUAAGUAAUUGAACUUUUGGAUCUGUUUCCUCUACCUGCAGUUAACCCCACUGAAUCCAAGAUUUAUAAAGCCUGGACUUCAAUAAAAUAAAGAACAGCAUAAAGAAUAAAACAUUAAAGAUAAUAUGGCAUGAAAGUUAAAUGGAAGUCUGGCUUAAACGUGGAAACCAAAGCGUCAUAACUGCUGACAAAAGCAGAAUAGACUGAUCCAAGAGACUGAGAGAACUGCAUUCAAUGCACAGAGUUAUGAUACUGUAGUGGGGGAGUGAGUGAUAAAAUAGACCUCAGUUAGUUAGUUCCUCAUUAUCGUAUUUAGGAUCACAGCAAACUUCCUUUUAAGCAUCCUCAAUGCAAUGAAAUGAAUCACCACACCAGUCAAGCACUCAACAAACCUCGAGAACUUUAUGAAUCGAUGAGGGUUUAUAGUGGCUCUUUGUCAAGAAGCUGGGGAAAAACUUACAAUGUGGCCACACACCGGCUGUCAGACCUGAAGUCCAAAAGUCAUAAUUACUCCCAUCACUGCACGUAAAACUAAGAUUAUGUUUAGUGUUUUAUGAAUAUAGAUAUAAGGAAGGUCAAAACAAAUACACAUGCAUUUAACAGAUUUAGUUGGUAUGUAUUUUAUCAAACAAUUACAAUGAGGGGCUUGGGGCCAGGAUAUUCAGCUAUUUAUUGGCCUGUGGCAGUGAGGUUUUCAAGCUUAUUGUCAUGGUGAGGUUGACACAUAAUGUUAAUAAUAUAUUGAUGACAUUCCAAUUUUAGACAACCAAAAGUCACAUAAAACAUUUUCAAUUGGGCGACUUAAGUUUGAACAAAGACGUUUCACAAAAGUGUGGAUUGGUUGCACAUUAAGCUUAUAAAUGCAGGCCACUUGACAAAUAAUGUAAUUUCAUAGCUGAAAAAUGAAUGUCAUGUUUAGUUGGAGACAGCUCUUUGUAAUUCAAUAACAUCCGUCUUUAUCUCUCCAGCUCCGAGUUUGUUUUAUCUAAUAACUUCUUAUCAGACAGCAUUCUGCCGCUUACAGACCACAGACCACAUACAAACACUCACUGUGAGAAAACUAAUGCUGCAGUGAGCUGCAGAAAGCAGAGUCCCUCCCCUCCAUUUUUUAUGACUCGCUUGUGCAGAGUAGUGAGGGAGUAAGUAAGUGAGCAGAGUGAGGAUGUAGAAGAGAAGUGAUGCAGUGGUACCCAGUCCUGUGCAGAGCUUGAACAUGCAGGAGACUAAUCAUCCAUCAAAGACCUCUCAUUGUGUGAAUAUGGCAAAGAGAAAAAGUAAACUUCUUUCAGCUCUAGAGCACACAUAGGGGAGGAUGUUUUUGCUUCAAAGAGUGGAGGGAAAAGUUCCAAAAAACAACUUUGUCUUUUUACAAUCUGAGUAAAGGUAAGCAAGAUUUAUAUGAGUAAAAAUGUCUUCCUCACCGGGUAUCAAACCUCGGGAGCAUGUGGACAUGUUGUACAUCUCCAUCGAGAUGGCCAUCGCCCUGGCCUCAGUGUUGGGGAAUGUGCUGGUGGUGCUGGUUGUGUGUUGUAACCGGGCUCUCCGCAACACCACCUUCUGCUUCAUCGUGUCCCUGGCCGUGGCCGACAUCGCCGUGGGUGUUCUGGUCAUCCCUCUGGCCAUCAUCAUCAGUCUGGGAUUUAACACUCAGUUCUACACCUGCCUCUUCCUGUUCCUGCUGCUCAUCAUCACCCAGAGCUCAAUCCUUUCCCUGCUGGCCAUCGCCAUCGACAGAUAUCUGAGAGUCAAGAUUCCCACCAGGUACAGCACCAUAGUGACCCAGGGGGAGGGCUAUGUCGCAGUCUGUCUCUGCUGGAUCCUCUCAUUUCUGACUGGGUUGGUUCCAAUGAUCGGAAUGGAAACAUCGAACGCUCACAGAAACAUCAGCAUCUCCAGCAAAAUCGUCUGUGAGUUCACCACCGUCAUGAGGAUGGACUACAUGGUGUACUUCAAUUUCUUCGGCUGGGUGGUGGUACCACUCUCCAUAAUGAUCGCUCUGUAUGCAGAGAUCUUCAGAGUGACGCGACAGCUUAACCGGCGUGCUGAGGCCACGUGUGAUGUGGACAGGUACUAUCAGAAGGAGCUGAAGCUGGCCAAGUCUCUGGCCCUGUUGGUCUUCCUCUUUGCCGUGUGUUGGCUGCCGAUACACAUCAUGAACUGCAUCAACUUCUUCUGCCCUGAGUGUCACGUGCCGAAGGUCGCCAUGUAUAUUGGAAUUUUCAUGUCCCAUGACUCAGCACUCAAUCCAUUGGUGUAUGCAUUCAGAAUAAAUCUUUCCGUGAAACACUGAUCAAGAUCACUCACCGGAUGCAUGUUAUGUAAACCGACAGAGCCUACUCCGUGCACUAGCACACCAGCCCCGUCGGAGAAGUCGACCUGUAACCUGUAAUAUGGACCAAAUGGUUUACAGUCAGAUUUUUCAGCAAAGAGUCUCUUGGAAUUACAUACAAUUUGGAACAUCUGCUCAUUAACAUACUUGACCAAAGAACUGUUUGUAUUGCAUUCAUUUAAAAGGAACAGUUCAUUUUAGACCCAGUCAUCUUUCAUUUAGAUCUGAAGAAAACUGAGCCUGCAAUCAAAAUCAUCCCAAUCUGCUUUGCUUUAUUUCAUCUUAAUGCUUCUUUACUUGAUUCAUAUUGAAUCAUUAUGUACAUACUGUAUGUCACCAUGAGAGGUAAUACAGAUUCAUUCAUGUUUGUAUAGCCUGUUGGUAAAUUCACCAGAAUAAACAUUAAAAACUUCUUCAUUCAUUAA